AAGACCGCGCGGACUCCGUCCGGUCGCGAGCUUCCUGCUUCCGGCUGAAGUUAUUCUUCUCAUGGCUUCCUCUGCUGGUCAUAACAGAUUAAACUGAGUACCAGCUUCAGCUCAUGGAUCGAACUUCAGGACGACACACCGACACAUUUGGGACUCUAUGACUCGACGAAACACAACGAUAUUUAUUCAUCCUGGUGCUGCCAAAUCCUGAAAGAUGGAGGACCCCAACAAACUUCAGCGCAAAAUGUCAACGGCAGGAGAAAGCCUGUACAAAACCCUGGGACUGGAGAAAGGAGCAUCCCAAGAAGCAAUAAAGAAGGCAUACAGGAAACUGGCUUUGAGGCAUCACCCCGAUAAGAACCCGGACAACCCAGAAGCUGCUGAAAAAUUCAAGGAGAUCAACAAUGCCAAUUCCAUCCUCAGUGACGACAACAAACGGAAGAUCUACGACGAGUAUGGAUCGAUGGGACUCUAUGUGGCCGAGCAGUUUGGGGAAGAUAGUGUGAAAUAUUACUUCCUCAUGUCCAAGUGCUGGUUCAAGACCCUGUUGGUGUGCUGCGGUAUUUUCACCUGCUGCUGCUGUUUCUGCUGCUGUUGUUUCUGCUGUGGGAAAGCCAAAAGCUCAGAGAACGAGGAAAACUUUGCUUAUAUGGACCCCGAGGACCUCGAGGCAGAGAUCAGAGAGCAGGAUGCAGCAGGAGACCACGUAAUAGUUAUUCAGCCAUGUGCCGACCCUUCGAACGGCGCCGUCGCCUCUUCAGGUGAGAAUGCGCCGAUCGUGAUUCAGCCUCAUGCGACCAACGGCGCCUCAUGAACGCAGUGAGCGGCGUUCUGAUGAAACCACAUUGUCAUAAGCAUCUGCCAUAAUCUUUUUGGAAACUGAUGAGCUUACGUUAUGGUUUGAAUUUGGCCAAAACAUAUAUAUAUUAAUCUGUUUAUGUCUUCGAUGAAUCAAGCAUCUAUUCCAUUGGGCCAUUUUGUUCUUUCUGUGUGUGCCACUGGGUUUGUCUUUGUCCAAUCUCAUAUUUAUGUCAUCCUUAUUUUUAAAAAUAUUGGGUUACUUGUGGACUGCAGUGAGAAAUGACAAAGCCAUGCAGAUUGAAAUCUCUGGAAUCUUUUUAUUUUAAUUUUAUGUGCACUUUAAUGUCUUGAGUUGGUAUUUAAAAUCUUAAAGCAGCCGCGGCGGUCUGCGAAUAUUCCGGCUCAAGAUGGCUUUAAGGUCGGAAAUGUUAUAAUAUUGUCUUUUAAAACGACACAAUACGCAGGUUCCCAAUUUUUUUCCCAAUCACUCGGAGACCUAGAAUGUGUUCACUCACUCUGUACAUAGAUUCAUAUUGUAGAAACAGAUUUACAGUCUAUUGAGACGAUGGCAAACUGUGGAGUGGUUUGGACUUAUGUUGACUGUUGUGCAUUCGUUCCUGUGUAUUUUAUUUCUAUCAAUGAGUAAUAUUUGUAGGACGGGCAUUACAGGAAGAAUUCAACAUUUUGGGAGAAACGCUCACUCAAUUUCACAUCAUUGUAGUCACGACUAUGAGUGCAAAUAUUUAUGAGUGACUUCCUAUAAAAUCGACUAUGACAAUAUUGCAAUGUAUUCCUAAAGUUGACUUUAAAAAGAAGACUUUUAGAAUGCGUUGGCUUUUUGUAGCACCUUUCUGUCAAGCGUCCAUCUGAGGGUCAGAAUCUGGUCCUUGUGAAUGUUUGUGUAUAAUGGUGGGAGACGCUGCUUUUGUAGGCAGACUUUAAUACCUUUUUAGACUCCGGCUAGCUGUUCCUCACCGUUUCCAGUCUUUAUGCUAAGCUAAGCUAAUUGCUUCCAGCUCCAUACUAACACAGCGCACAGACAUGAGAGCUGCAUCCGUCGUCCCACAUGAUGUUUGUAAAGUAAAUAAGCGUGUCCUCCAAAAUGUUGAAAUGGUUCCUUCACUCUUCCUGCACAUAAGAUGACCUCAAAAUAAACUUUAGGUACUGAGAAAGCUCUUUAUGAAUCUGUCAUAUUCUCUAAAUCUUUCCUACGCUUGAAGCUAGAACCCAUAACUCACUGAUUCGUUGAGAAAUAUUACACAUGCAGUCAUUUUUGGGGAUCGGUCGAGGCCUGAUGUUAAAGGCGAUUUCUCUGGUGAGUGAGGUGAUUUACUGCCUGUUAUGUGCCAUAAAAUUGUGCUCAAUGCAGGAAACAUGUUUGUAUGUAAAUUCAGAGAUGUAUUUUUGUAAUACUCAUUCUCAUCCCUCCUUUUCUUUGACUAAUUUAGUGUAUAUUAAGAGAACGCCUUAAAUUAUAUUUUGUGUUUGUAUUAUAUUGUGUGCAUUUGGUACAAUUCUAAAUUGUAUGUGUACAAUAUUUUUAGAAUUCGUUCCUGUGUUUAUAUACAUUUUGAGCAAACCCAGAAAUGUAUAUAGUCAAUUUUAUACACAAAACUUCCCAAAAGUGUCUAAAUCUUAAUAGGAUUUUAAAAAUGAUUUUUCAUCUUUUAAAAAAGAAAAAAUAUAUGUAUAUUUAGUUUGUCAUCUCUUCAUUCCCAGAUAUUUUUUCUAAUCUUUUUCGGUGUUUCUGGUGUGUUCGUGUCUGUAAAAGUAUCGUCUGAUCAAAUAAACCUCUGGCGGUGAA